CGCAAUAUUAAAUGAGAAUCAAGCUGACUCUAAUUAUUUCCACAAUUGACAUUCAAUUUAAUGAAGUAAACAUCACUUUCAGUGGGAAAAUACAACAAACAGUGAAGUUUUGACCAGAUGAAUUUCGGUGUAAGUGACAUUAUUUUAAAAAGUCCACAAUGAUUCUCGAUUUAUAAUAUGCAGUAUUUCUUUUAGCGGUUCUGCCGAUGCUCGUGCCCCUGUGCUGCAAUUCCGAUCUUCUUUACUUUUGGAUAUACAAUGCGCCAUGUUUGCGGGAGUGCGUGGUUUUCACGCAAUUAUUGGAUUGCUCGAGGAACGAUAAGCCAAUUUAUCCAUGUGAAUAAACGAACUAGAGUGCGCGAAAACGUGUUCAUUCAAGUGUUCCAAUAAAAACUCGAAAUGUGCGGAGAGUUAUUGAAUGGUGAAUCAAGCUUUGAAUGCUGCAUUUAAAUUGAAUUUUUGGUAUUUUUAAAUGACUUAGAGGGCAGUUUCUUGUAGAGAGGGUAUGGCGUUUUGUCUCUAAGAUCAGAUCAAAAACAUCAUCAUCAGCAGCUUGAACAUCAGCUUGAGUACAAUCAUGAUGAGGCUAAAGUGCCCGAGUAUGGCGCCUGUGAAUCUUUGCCAGUUUUUCCCGGUGGUCAUCGGGCUCUUAUUUCACCUGUUCAUGACUCUGUUUGCGGCUACCUCAAACUUUGGACCGGAGAGGCUUGCAACCCAAGGUUCUAUUUGGCCAAAACCUAGAUUUGAAAAACGGUUCCAGUUUUACUUCGCAGUCGACACAAAUCAGCUUCAGUUCCAGAUCGUGGGUGAAACCUGCAGUAUUAUUGACAGAGCUCUUGAGCGGUAUGCAGUCCUUGCAAAGUCAACCGUCAUGUAUGGAAAAAUUGACUCUGCUCGUCGUGGAGUAAAGAGUGCCCCGGAGCUUAAUACAAAAAACUUGACAACGUUUAGAAUAAACUUGAAGAAACCAUGUGAGGAGUAUCCAACGGAGAAAAUGGAUGAAUCGUAUCAACUAACUGUGGCUCAUCAUUCAUUAAAUGACAUGCCUGAAGAUAAUCUAUCAGCCGAUUCAGUUUGGGGCAUACUCAGAGGACUUGAAUCAUUUUCUCAAAUGCUUGUACCACAUAAAGAAGGGCGUGUGUUCAUACUGCAAGGAGUUUUGAUAGAAGAUUCUCCUAGAUUUCCCUAUCGCGGUCUCCUCUUAGACACCUCCCGGCAUUUCUUCCCCGUGCCUGCGAUUCUCCGUGUGCUAGAUGGGAUGGCUUAUUCCAAGAUGAACAUAUUCCAUUGGCAUAUCGUCGACGACCAGUCGUUCCCGUACCGGAGCAUCCUCUUUCCUGAGCUGAGUGCCAAAGGAGCAUACCAACCCGAAUUAGCUGUGUACACACCCUGCGACGUAUUGGCUAUAAUUGACUACGCGCGUGAUCGUGGUAUACGCGUGAUUCCGGAAUUCGACGUGCCAGGCCAUGCUCGAUCUUGGGGUGAAGGCGUGGAUGGUCUGCUAACUAGAUGUUCCUCUACGAAUGAGUACGGACCCAUGGACCCCACCAAGACAGAAACCUAUGUCUUUCUCAGGGAUUUUUUCGCGGAAAUAGCAUCCGUCUUUAAAGACAAGUAUGUCCACCUAGGAGGUGAUGAACUAAAUACGAGAUGCUGGGAGGACAACAAGCUGAUAGCAGAUUUGAUGGCUAAGAGCAACGACAGUCAAGAUAUAACAAGCCUGAAAAGAUUGUUUUACCAGAGGGUGCUGGAUAUUAACAACAAGCUCGGCUUAAAAUCCAUGUUUUGGGAGGAAAUUUUGGAGACGGGCUUGCCCUUGAACAAAGAUACAGUGAUUCAAGUUUGGAAGGUUGAAAGCACUUACACCAUCCAACCGGUCGUGUCCCGGGGCUUCAAGGCGGUCUACUCCGGCUGCUGGUAUCUGAACAUGCUAGAAAGGAAGUGGCACGACUACUACAAGUGCGACAUCCUGGAGUUCAACGGGACGCCGCGGCAGAAAUCCCUUGUGGUAGGCGGGGAGGUCAGCGUCUGGGGCGAGUGGGUUGACGAGUCGAACCUCUCGCCGCACAUCUGGCCGCGAGCCUGCGCGGCGGCCGAGCGCCUCUGGACCUACACGCCGGACUCCGAGGCUGCCGCUGGGGCCCGGAUCGAGGAGCACGCCUGCCGGCUCAAGCGCCGCGGGGUCCCGGCCGCCCCGCCCAACGGCCCCGGAUACUGUCCCGUCAUCCCUCUCGCAGAAGACCCUGGUGCAUCCACUCGCGAGGUGGACGCCGAGACGCAGCCUCGAAAGUUGGACGCCGAGACGCAGCCUCGAAAGGUGGACGCCGAGACACAAACUCGAGAGGUAGACACCGAGACGCAAACUCGAGAGACCUCCAAGCCGCAGGCACCAACCAAGGCCCCCUCCGACGUCUCCAAGCCGGAGAGUGAGGGCUCCUUCGCGGAGUCACUUUUUGAGUUUUUCUCGUAUUUUAGGUUUCUCAGAGCUUCU